CUGAUAAGCUGUUGAGUUGGGUAGUUGAUACAGAGACUGCGGUAUGGCUGUGGUUGAGCUGGAGAGUAAUAUAUUGUAUUGUCCAUAUAAAGUGGUAGUAAGGGUUACGUUGAGGUAAUGUAUAUGUUUUAUAGACCAAACUCCGGGUUUCCACUGGCAUUUAAGCAGCAUUUAUAUUUUAAAUCUAGAGAACAUUCUGGAAGAGUCACAUGAUUCUGGUGGACCAGUGCCGUGACGUUGUUUAAAAAAAAAAAAAAGAAUGUGACGUUAUGGUAGUCUUGUUGUUUUGUGGCGUGUUAUGUGUGUGUUAUCAAUAGUGUACAUGUUACUGUGUGGUAAAUUCAAUAGCGACAUCAAAGAACCAGAGGAAGACGAAGGGGAAAGCGAAGUCGACGCUCUGAAUAAUGGCGUUUCUCAAUAACGGUGAUGUUGUUGAUAAGGGGAAAGCUGUGUUUGUUGUGGCACGUGAGGCAGAGUGGCCAAUGGCAGCGCGCGCAACGAAAAGGAAUAGUAUAAAUACCGGCGGUUGCUGAGGGCGCUGGCCGCCAUAGAAGAUUAUAAAUAAGGAAAAGGAGGCAGUGAAAACAAAUAACAAAGAAACAAUUUUAAACAAAACUUGCAUCUCGAUCUCCGUAGAUAUUACUGGCGUGAACCCUCAGUGUUCGUCCUCCCAGCAGAACGUCUUCGGCACUGGGCACCUGCCUCAUUUCUGCAGUUGUACAAUCUUUGUGCCAGUGAGAGACGGAAAGGAUGAUGUAUGAGGAUGAUUGAUUUGCUGAGUAUUGUAAACAAUCAACAUUCAGUGCAUUAAUGAAACAAACACAUUCAAGAUGUCGGGGGCAAAAGGAUUGCAAUUUUCUAGCCGUGGAAACCCUCCCCCCCCUGAAUAUAAAAACCCUAAGAAGCCUGGACGUCUUACAAAUCAGCUGCAGUACUUGCACAAGGAGGUCAUGAAGGCUUUGUGGAAUCAUCAUUUUGCCUGGCCCUUUCGACACCCUGUUGAUGCUGUGAAACUAAGACUUCCUGAUUAUCAUGCUAUUAUUAAGACCCCAAUGGACAUAAACACCAUUAAGAAACGCCUGGAGAAUAACUACUACUGGAAAGCUGUGGAAUGUAUAGAAGACUUUAAUACCAUGUUUACGAACUGCUAUGUAUAUAACAAGCCUGGAGAUGACAUUGUGUUAAUGGCACAAGCAUUGGAGAAGCUUUUCCUUGAGAAAGUGGCGCAGAUGCCCCAGGAAGAAGUUGAAUUCCCAUCUACCAUAAACCGAGUAGGUGGAGGCAAAGGAAGGAAACCUUCAGCAGGUAAGCUAAAGCCACCUCCUCCUGUAUCUGAAGUUAUCGUCCAGCAAACUGUGACUUUGAUUCCUCCGCAGACUGUUACUGAAACCCCGACUGCACCUAUGUUAGGAACACAGCCUGUAUCAAAAGUCAAGAAGGGUGUCAAAAGGAAAGCCGAUACAACCACUCCAACUACAUCUAUUGUAAUGACAAGUAGCGAGUCUUCACCUACUCCUGCAGAACCAAGGCCUUGCAAGAUAACAUCAAGAAGAGAAAGUGGUCGACCAAUUAAACCUCCAAGAAAAGACUUGCCAGAUUCUCAGCAGCAGCAUCAAAUUGGCAAGAAACCAAAAUUAUCGGAGCAACUGAAGUACUGCAGUGCGAUACUUAAAGAAAUGUUCACAAAGAAGCAUGUAGCAUAUGCUUGGCCCUUCUAUAAACCUGUUGAUGUAGAAGCUUUGGGACUUCAUGAUUAUUAUGACAUUAUAAAACAUCCAAUGGACCUUGGCACUAUGAAAAAAAAGAUGGAGGACCGAGAAUAUAAAAAUGCACAAGAAUUUGCAGCAGAUUUUAGGUUAAUGUUGAUGAAUUGUUAUAAAUACAAUACUCCAGAUCAUGAAGUUUCAGCAAUGGCAAGAAAGCUACAGGAUGUGUUUGAGAUGCGGUUUGCCAAAAUGCCAGAUGAACCUGUUGAAAGUGUAACCCCAGCUCCGCCUUCAACAGAAAUAGACAGAACUCCCUCCAGCAGUGAGAGCUCCUCGGACAGUGAGAGCAGCUCUGAUUCUGAAGAGGAAAGAACUCUGCACCUUGCUAACCUCCAAGAGCAGUUAAAAGCAGUACGUGAGCAACUGCAAAUGUUAUCUCAGGCCCCCCUAUUGAAGCCAAAGAAAAAGAAAAAGAAAGAUAAAUCAAAAAAGGAAAAGAGGAAAAAAGACAAAGAAAAAAAAGAAAAGACAGGAAAUAAAUGUGUCGAUGAAAGGAAAAAAACAAAGUCCAAGCAGGUGCAGAGAUCUAGAAAAAGCUCUUCAGGAAGUUGUAGUAAAAAAAGCAAAUUGUCCACAUUUCCAUCUGACUCAGAACAUGAAGAGGAAUCCAAGCCUAUGUCGUAUGAUGAGAAAAGGCAGCUGAGCCUUGAUAUAAACAAGCUUCCUGGUGACAAGCUUGGGAAGGUUGUUAAUGUAAUCCAGUCAAGAGAGCCUUCAUUGAAAGACUCUAAUCCUGAAGAGAUAGAAAUUGACUUUGAAACAUUAAAACCUUCAACACUGAGAGCUCUGGAGACAUAUGUCAUGACCUGUCUAAGGAAAAGGCCAAGAAAACCAAGAGAGAAAAAGGCAUCAAAGAUGAAUAAGGCACUUCAAAUUGAGAAAACGAAAGAAUUGGAGAAGUUACUGGAUGUCAGUGGACAGUUGCAUUUGGUGAGGACACAGAAAACUACGUUUGCAAACACCGAUGCUAAUACAUAUCUUGGCGAACCCUCUCGACUCAGUGAGAGCAGCAGCUCUUCAAGUUCAGGCAGCAGUAGUAGUGAUUCUAGUGCAACUGAUAGCAGUGACUCUGAAUCAGAGCAGAGAACAAAACGGAAGCAAAGCUGCGCUGACCAUCUUGAUUUCAAAUUGCAAGCAAAGGAAAUAAAGCCGAUGCUACAGCCUUUAUGGGAUAAUGCUCUUGCAGGUCAAACCUUACCUCUGUUUAGCACCAGUUUGCAGCUUUCAAUACAACAUCCCCAAGAGGCCGAGAUACACAAAUUCCAGACUUUGAUACAUGUACCACUGGAGCCACCUGAACAAAUAACUAUAUCACCUCCAGCCUUACAUACUAGUCUGCCACAACAGCCAUCAAGACCUAGCACCAAAGCAGCACCUCUACCUCCUAAACACAGGUCUUCACAGUUGCAGCAGCCAGGGUCUGCAAAUGCACCUCAACAAGAGGCAACCCAACACGUUCCUUUGCAAUCUGCCCAGGACCACCUAUUGUUACUAGAGCCCCAAAAUGAACAGGCUAAACUACAGCCCAGUUGCAGUCUGGUAUAUUCACUGCCCCAGUUAAAACCCACACAGCAGUCACAUCUGCCUCAGCAUCAGCAGAUGCAUAUGCAACAUCCUCAGACCUUUCCACAAACACUGAAACUGCAAGCUGGGCAACAUUCCUUCAACCAACUUAACCACCCUUCUCAGAGCCCACCUACUAGGAUGCAGACUGAAGAAACGGAUACCAGACAUCCUGAUGGGGAGGGACAGGACAAGAGUAAUACAAGUCUUGUGAAACUUGGGCCUGUCAGCAGAUGUGAUAAACAUAUGCAAGAUCUUACUACUCCAACCGUACCUAAAAAGGACAUUAGUAUCAAGAAUGUUGAUUCUUGGGCAAGUUUAGGAAAGAUGGCCACUUCCACACCAUCCAUAAUAAAGUCUUCUAAUGAGAGUUUUCAGCAGUUCAGAAAAGCUGCAAUGGAAAAGGAAGAACGAGAAAAGGCUUUAAGAAAACUGCAAAUGGGACAAGCCGGGAGUGAAAGAAAAAAUAUUCCUGAAAAGCAAAGAGACCAAGAUGAUGAGCAACCUUUAGAAUGUGUACAUACAGUUCUAGACCAGGCAACUUCUAAGCCAGAUGAAAUAACAAAAGAGGAAAAACAAGAACUACAAUCAGCCUCUCAGUCAUCUAUUGCUAGAGAGAGGGAGAUGGCCAGGAAAAGAGAACAGGAACGCAGGAGGAGAGUAGCUAUGGCAGGCAUCAUUGACAUGACUCUGCAGAGUGAUAUUAUGGCAACAUUUGAAAAUAACCUUUAUUAAAACAAAAGCAGGUGGACUUUAUAGUUCAGUGUAUAUAAUACAAACAAAUGUCUUAAUAUGCAAUGUUAAUGCAUUACCAGCUAAUACAUAUAGCUCUUGCUUUCUACAACUUUUUGCAGGCACUGGAUGUCUAAGUUUAACAUACAUUUGGAAGGAAACUGGUCCUCAAUCUGCAAGGAAGAUUUUUGUCUAACUCAUUUUACUUGUACUUGGUGAUCAUUAUUGUAAUAUAUUGUACAGUGUGAUAUGCUGCAACCUUGCAUACACAGGCACUUAAAGGACCACAUUGUAUGUGGAUGUCUUGCCUUUUUGUACAGGUGGUAACUUAGUGAAGUUUUGAAAGUGCUUUUAAAUGAAGUGUUUCUUUGUUGUCCAUUAUGCAGUAGAUUACGAAUGAAUAGAAGGCUCUAUGAUUCUAAAUACUGUGUUCAGUCUGAAAAUGAAACUUAGUCGUGUUUUUGGAGUGAGAACUUUGUUAAAAAAAAAAAUCAGUUAACACAGAAGUGUGUUGUUCAAAGCAGUGUUUACAGUGUUUGGAAGUCUUCCAUACCUGUAUUCUCUAAUUCAUGUUGAGUGUUAAUGAGAAAUAACAUUGUAAAUAUAUAUUCCCAUAUGUUUUGCAUAUAUUGGGACUACUGUUGUAAAAUAAAUCUGUGCUCCACUAAUUUGUACUUGAAAUGUGUGACUGCUAAUGAACCAGAUUGGUUGGUAUAUGUAUAUGUCAGUGAAGGAAUGUCCUCAACAGUUGUUUUGCUGUUAAUACAAGAUUAUAAUAUGAGAAUAUAUUAUGUAUAUAUUUAAAGAAAAAUUUAAACUAUUGUUUAUAUGUAUAAUCCUUACUUUGAUAUAGUCGUUAACUGGUUCACUUAAAUCUGUAUUUUGCCAAAAGUUUGUAUGCUUGCUUGGAAGUAUAUUUUUUAGGUGCUCUGAAUAGCAGCUUGAAUUUCCACAUCUAAAAGCACAAUGUGGCAUAUGAAUACCUGUUUGUUUGUAGGCAAUCUCUGUCUAGAAACCGCAUUUCACAUUUCUGAGUCAGUAACAGUGCAUGUAGGGUUGUUAAAAUCAAAAGGAAAAUAAUUAUGCUAAAAAUGUCAUUUAUUAUUUGUAUUUAAUUUAUUUGAUAAUUGUAGUUUUAUGAUGUUCAAUUGCAUUGUACUGAUUGUUCCAGUAGAAACUUGAAGAUGCGCAGUUGGUCAUUUUGUUUGAAGUUGUCAAAUUGUUUCUUCUGUUAAAUUCAGGGUACUAUAACAUGUUUUUCAUACAUUUGUGCUAAAAUACAGUAGCACUUAUUCUCUAGUGCCCAAGGUAUGAUAAGCUAGAAAGCAUGACAAGUAUAUAGAGAAACAUUUAAUUUUGAUGAUAAAUAGCA